AGCGCGCGAAAAGAAAAUAGCAAAUAGCAAAUCGUCGCGAACUCGCCGCCCUCCUGGGAAAUUACUAAUUGAGUCCCGUGAUUCUGAAAAAACUAGUUGUGAAAUAUGAAACAGCGGAAAAUAGACAUUCGUGGAAUUUUCGUACUCCUCAGCUGCUUGGGAUUAUCAACUGGAUUUGGGGUGGACCUAAGUGAUCUUCAGCAGGACUUGGCUGCCAAUGGAUCUGUUGUGCUGGCCCCGCUGAACAGCUCGGACGCCUACAGCGUGUCCAUAAACCUGUCGCAGUCGACCGUGAACAACUGUCCUUCGCUGGAGAACGCGGCUUCGAUGACGCAGAUGGAGCUGCUCACCCGGCUGACUGCCAACUGCCGCUACGACAGGAUGGUGCCGCCCACAGUGUUCAACGCGGACGGCGAGGAGGUGGCCAUGGACAUCUACGCGCGGUUCUACAUCUACGUGAUGAAGAACCUGGACUCGACCGACCUGCAGUUCAUGGUGCAGGGUCUGCUGCAGCUGCGCUACAAGGACCCCCGGCUGGCCUUUGCCGACUACCUGCCCGGUCGGAGGCAGCCGAUCAUGGGCGAGGCGGGCAUCAAGAAGCUGCUCUGGGUGCCCCACAUCUUCAUCAGCAACGAGCAGGCGUCGAACGUGCUGGGCACCAGCGCCAAGGACGAGCUGACCACCGUCUACCCGGACGGCACGGUCCUGAUCUCCACGCGGCUGCAGGCCACCCUCUACUGCUGGAUGAACUACCAGAAGUUCCCCUUCGACGAGCAGAAGUGCACCACCAUGCUGGAGAGCUGGAUGUACAACACCUCGCUGGUGGAGCUGCACUGGGAGACGGACCACCCCGUGAGCUUCGACGAGCAGCUCCAGCUGACGGAGUACAACCUGAUCGGCUCGCUCUACAACGAGUCCAUCAGGGUGUCGAACGGGUCGGUGAUGACCCACGGCUCCCUGGAGGGCAACUACAGCGUCAUCAGCUUCACCGUGCUGCUGACCAGGGAGGUGGGCUACUACGUCAUCGACUACUUCCUGCCCUCGAUCAUGAUCGUGACCAUCUCGUGGGUGUCCUUCUGGCUGCAGGCGGACCAGACGCCCGCGCGCACCACCCUCGGCUGCACCACCCUGCUGUCGUUCAUCACGCUCUCGCUGUCGCAGGAGAACGACCUCAUGAAGGUCAGCUACGUGACCAUGUCGGAGGUGUGGUUCCUCGUCUGCACCAUCUUCAUCUUCGGCAGCCUGGUGGAGUUCGCCUUCGUGAACACCAUCUGGCGGCGGAACAACGACCUGCAGCUCAAGAAGCGCACCACCAAGUACAUCGUGAAGUCCACCUUCGUCCCGAACCUGAAGAAGCACCGCCGGCACGGCUACCGGCGCACGGACAGCACCAUGAGCACCAUGAGCACCACCAGCCUGGACAAGUCCUGCGGGCCCAACAACACGGUGAUCACCAUCGAGACGCCCAUCAUCAUCGGGGGCAGCCUCAGCCGCGAGGACUCGGCCAUCAGCCUGGACGAGCAGGACGAGAGCUCCAGCUCCUCGUCGUCGUCGGGCGACUCCCCCAAGGAGAAGCCCGCCCAGACCUUCGCCACGAUGACGCCCAAGGAGGUCUCCCUGUGGAUCGACCGCAAGAUGCGGUUCGUCUUCCCGCUGUCCUUCGUCGUCUUCAACGCCCUGUUCUGGACCCUGGUGUACUGCCUCUGAGGAGUUCCCCCGGCGGAGAGAAAGCCAUUCUGUGAUCCCGGAGCCCCCACCCGUCGCCUCACUAGCCCUAGUUCCCAGGGCGCGAUGACACUUGCUUGAGGUUCGGCCGAGUCACCUACCACCAGUAGUAGUUUUUGCAAUAAAGGUUUUUUAGCUGCGAACUGCGAUCAUUUUUAAUGACCCCCUCCUCGAACUUGGAGCAAGUGUCGUUCGCCCUGGUCCACAAAUCCCCGACAGGUGACGGAGCUCCCCCAUUGGGCCGGGCCCGCGUGCUAUGUAGUCCGUAUUUGUUCUAAUAAAUUAUA